AUGUCUCAUAACUUCAACUUGUUGAUGGUUCUGGUGAUCAUUAUUGCUCUGUUUAAUACUAAAAACUCACUUGGCAGGCUGGUUUUUGAGGGAUCCACUGGUAUGAUCAAUGGUUUCCCGACGUUGACAAACACCAAGAAGCACGUCUAUGGUCAAGCCUUCAAUGACGAGCCAUUCCCUUUCAAGAAUUCUACCAACGGUAACAUGACUUCUUUUUCAUUGACCUUCUUCUUUGCUAUCGUCCCUGAGCAUAGAGACAGAGGUGCUCACGGUAUGGCCUUCGUGAUCUCGCCUACAAGAGGUCUUCCAGGUGCUUUUGCUGAUCAGUACCUUGGAAUAUUCAAUGAUACAAACAAUGGAAAAAUCUCGAAUCAUGUCAUUGCUGUGGAGCUUGAUAUUCAUAAAGAUGAUGAGUUUGGUGACAUUGAUGAUAACCAUGUUGGUAUCAACAUUAAUGGUAUGAGAUCUAUUGUGUCUGCUCCUGCCGGGUAUUAUGAUCAAAGGGGUCAGUUCAAAAACGUUUCUUUGAUCAGUGGGAAUCUACUCCGAGUCACGAUAUUGUAUAGCCAGGAAGAAAAACAGCUUAAUGUCACCUUAUCAUCACCACAGGAGUCUUAUUACCCAAAUAAGCCACUUCUAUUGUUGAACCAAGAUCUGUCACCGUAUUUUUUAGAGAAUAUGUAUGUUGGCCUCACAGCCUCCACUGGGUCGAUUCGAGCAUUACAUUACAUAUGGACGUUACAUGCGUAUGACAUUGUUACAGUUCCGGAUUUGGAUUUCCCUGUGCCGACUUUUCCUCCAUAUCCGAAGCCAAAGUCUCAGGUCAAGCGGACAGUUUUGGUGACAUGCUUGGCAUUUGCUCUCUUUAUUGCGGUUGCUGCAUCAGCUUUGAGUUCUUUCUUCUAUAAAAGACAUAAAAAGGUUAAGGAGGUUCUAGAGGAAUGGGAGAUCCAGUUUGGGCCUCAUAGAUUUGCUUACACAGAACUCUUUAAAGCCACAAAGGGUUUCAAAGACAAACAACUUCUAGGCAAAGGAGGGUUUGGUCAGGUCUAUAAGGGUACACUUCCAGGUUCCGAUGCAGAGAUUGCUGUAAAACGGAUUUCUCAUGAUUCAAGACAAGGAAUGCAGGAAUUCUUGGCUGAGAUAUCGAUAAUUGGUCGUCUUAGACACCCUAAUCUAGUUAGGCUUCAGGGUUAUUGUAGGUACAAGGAGGAGCUCUACUUGGUUUAUGACUUUAUGCCUAAUGGAAGUCUUGACAAGUACCUUUACCACAGAGAAAAUCAAGAGAAACUCACUUGGGAUCAACGUUUCAAGAUCAUCAAAGACAUAGCCUCUGCACUCUUCUAUCUGCAUCAAGAGUGGGUUCAAGUUGUAAUUCAUCGAGAUAUUAAACCGGCAAAUGUCUUGAUUGACCACCAGAUGAAUGCAAGGCUUGGGGAUUUUGGAUUGGCUAAGCUUUACGAGCAGGGUUAUGAUCCUCAAACAUCUAAAGUAGCUGGAACGUUUGGGUACAUAGCACCUGAGCUUAUAAGAAGCGGAAGAGCAACUACGGGGACAGAUGUCUAUGCCUUCGGGCUGUUUAUUCUGGAAGUUUCUUGCGGGAGAAGGCUGAUAGAGCCACGAGCAGCCACCAACGAGGUUGUCCUCGCAGAAUGGACAUUAGAAUGCUGGGAAAAGGGAGAUAUUCUUGAGGCAGCCAAUGAAAGGCUCCACCAAGAACACAAUAGAGAACAGCUCGAGAUUGUGCUCAAAUUGGGAGUGCUAUGUUCGCACCAGGUUGCAGCAGUCAGGCCGGAGAUGUCUACAGUAGUCCGGAUCUUGAACGGUGAUACACAGCUUUCAAGUAAUUUGCUGGACAUUGUCAAGGCCGAGAGGGUUAGAAUGUGGUCUGAGACAUCUAAUAGUCUUCCAUCACAGGAGUCCAACGGUACCUUGACAUUUACGGAACCUUUCACUUCCUGCGGACGCUGAUAGCUGAUGUAAAGGUCGGUAGUGCAAUAAUAUAUGAUGUUUGAUUUUUCGAAAUUUGUUAGUUGUGGUUUUCCCAUUUGAUAAG